ACGAUGGGUACUCGAUUCCGCGCCCGGUUCGCCUUCUUGGCGGUGGCGCUCGUCGUCCUCGUCGCGGAGGCGCAGGCGCAGGCAGGAGAUGUCGACCCGGACGACAUCUUCACGCCCCCGCCGUCACCGCCCCCGCCCCCGCCGUCUCCCCCUCCUCCCUCCCCGCCCCCGCCGUCGCCGCCCCCGCCGAGCCCCCCGCCCGCGAUCGGCGCCAAUCGCGUUCCCAGCGCGGAUCUCGCCGAAUCCAACAUCUUCGGCGGCACGGAGGCGGACGGCGCGGACAGCGGAAGCACGUGCUGCAUGUGGUACAAGUGGUGCGACAACACCGCGGUGACCCAUCAGUGCAACGCCACCACCCUGGAGAACUGCUACAGAGCCGCGGGCGGCCGCGAUGCCCUGGACGGCACCGCGACCGAGCACUGCAGGGCGUGCGCAUUGUGCGACGACGCCGAUGGCGCCGCCGUGGACUCCUAUAAUAAGAACCUCAUCGCCCCCACCGACCCCUUCACGGCGAGCAAUAACUACCACGCGUGCUUCGACACGAGGAGGACGGUGAAGACGCAGUACUACAACGUCGAUCCGGGGAACAUGAACAUGUCCGCCGUGAAUACCCAGUACGCGCGACGGUACCUAAACCUCAACGAGACCGAGUUUAUCUACUGCAGCAAGGUCAACUUCAAGUGCAUGAAGCAGAAGGCGUCGGGAAGCUCCGAGUGUAAAGUGCGGAAAGGGGUCCGAGUGCCCAACCAGCACCACGCGCUCUUCGGGCGACUCUACGACUCCAGCCUCAAGGAUCCGAGACGGGGACCCGCGGCCGGGCGGCUCAUGCCGGGACACGGAAACUACGUGUUCUCCGCGGAACGCGACUACGACAAGGUGGCGGAGAUGCACGACAGGGAUCGCGCCCAAGACCACUCCGGGUACAGGUACCCUUACAAUGUAACCAAAUUCGACGGAGACGGCAUCCCGCCGAACAUGACCGUCCCGGCGCAGUACUCGCCGACGUCCGAUCCCAUCGGCAAGUGAUACGAGUCGUGUUAUAUCAUAUUAGAGAAGCAAACAAGACUGAUUCGCAUCGCGUCGCGGCGUGCUGAAAGUUGGGGCUCGCUCGAAGCACACAACCGAGUCACAUAUCCCUCUGCUCCGGCUUUUUGUCCGCGCGCCGGGCAGCCUCCUCGGCAGCCUUGGCCAUCUCCGACUUCGAUUCGGCGUACGUUUCGUCGUAGACCCUCCCGGCCUUCUUCUCCGCGGCGGGAGCCGGCGCUGCGGCCUCCUCCUCGACGGGAGCCGGCGCCGCGGCCUCGGGCUCGGGCUCCGCAACCUCCUCCUCCUCGACCACCUCCUCAACCUUUGCCUCCUCCUUCGCCGGCGCCGGCGCGGGGCGCGGGGGCGGCGCCAUCUCGGCGACGCUGGGCACCUUCACCUUGGGGACGCUCACCUCGGGCACAGACGGAGGCUCGAACGAACCCACGGCGCCCACCACGCCGGCCGCCGUCUCCUUAACAUCCUCAAAAAACGCCCACGGGGACUCGUAGCUCAGCAGCUUGGCGAGGAUGGUCAGCUCGAUGCCGAUGACGCCGGCGUACUCGAGCGCGGUCUUGUAGUUGUACGCCGCCGCC